CAGCGUUUGGCCGCCGCUCCUGUCCGUCCAAAGCCGCCUUUUAUAUCCCUCUCGCUCGUCCCUCCCCCAACCUCCCUUCCCCGCAUCCUUUGUAUCCGAGUAGCCGGCCUACAUGCACAACACCAUAGCAGCAAUGGCUUCCGGAGGCGUCCACCACUUUGAGGUCACUACCUACAACAAGCCCACCUAUUGUGACGCCUGCGAUAAGUUCCUCUGGGGGUUGGUCAGGCAGGGCGCUCAGUGUAAAGGCUGCGGCUUCAACGUGCACCGUAAAUGCCAACACACAGUCAACGUCCCCUGCUCCGGGCAGUACGCACCCCGGGACUACAGCGACCGCACCCCCACCACCGGCGAAUUCACCUCCGACCUCCAACUCUACGACCGGUCCCUCAGCGACACCGACUCCCGCGGGGCCAUGCUGCCCCUGCGCCGCAAAUCCGAGUCGCACGUCAUCAUCCCGGGAAGCAAGGCCGUCACGGCGCCCAAGAAGCCGUUGACGAAGCGCACGCGGUCGGGCAAUGCGAGCGAUUCGGGACAGGAGAAGGAGAAGGAGAUGAGCUUUGUGCAGGAGCUCAUGACCCACACCGCGGUUAACUCGGCCGCGAUGCAGAGGGCGGCCAAGGAGCCGUCGUUGAAUCUGUUGACUACUACCCCCAAGAAUUUCACCCGAUUUGUGUCGAGGUUGGGACCCAUGGUCGGCUUCCAGGACGAUAUCACCGAGAUCCUCACGUGGCAGAACCCCUCAAAGACUUUCAUUAUCAUGGUUGUCUACGUUUUCCUAUGCAUAUACCCGACCCUCUUCAUCGUCCUCCCCCAACUCCUCCUCAUCUACAACAUCAUGAACAACUACUACACGAAAACCAAAAAGACCGUCACAGGCAAAAAACCCAGCGCAAACGUUCAAUACCUCAAAAACAUGCAGUUCAUCCAAAACUCCAUGGGCAUGUACUGCGACGCCUACGAGGACGUCAAGAAGAACUCCACGGUCCUCGACUGGUCCGACGAGGAGGAGACCAUCCGGAUCCUGAAAGUCGCUGUUGGGUCGAUGUUUGGGGUUAUCUUUGUUGUGAGGAUCAUCCCGUUCAACUACAUCAUGUUGUUGGGGGGUGUGGGCAUGUUUUUGCAGAACACGGCUAUCUUCCGUGCUGCGUCGACUACAGUGCCGCCGGUGUUGAUGAAAAAGUUGCAGCAUCAGGUUGACACGGUUCGUGAGGCGAUUCGGGAGGCCAGGAAGGGGGCUGAUGAUGGUGUGGUUGUUGUCUCGCUCUAUGAGAACCAGAGGUGGUGGGCUGGCCUAGGAUGGAUCCCGCACCUCCUCCGCUCCGAACGCCCCGCCUGGUCCGACGAAACCGGCACCAUCUCCCGCCCGGCAAAAGAUCACUACGAGCCCCCGCAAGACGGCGGCGUCUGGGAAUGGAUGGACGAAGACUGGCUGCUCGACGUCGGGUGGGCGAACGUGGACGAGAAGGGGUGGCAGUACAUGGACCAUACGUGGGAGAACGCGAAGAGCAAGGCGUCGAUGGGCAGUCUGACUCGACGGAGGAUGUGGGUCAGGAAGAUGAGGCUGGUCAAGGAGCAGCAGGCGGCCAUCGAGCCGCCGUCGGUUGUGAAGGCUAUCAAGGGGCAGUGAUUUGAUAAUCCCCCCUGAGGAUUGUUCGGCGUACAUAUUUGCUUGGGUGUCAACCUCAUACAACGCACACGACCGGGCCCCGAUGCGUUCAUCAACCCAUCAGAGACAACACAACACAUACAGGACCACAGGCGUACUUAGUUAGUUCCACACCACCCCCCAUUUAAUCAGUAAUA